AAACCGGAUGACAACAGUGAUGCCACUUUGGAGAGCAUUGAGGUGAAGAUUAAACAAGUGGAGGCUCAAAUUCAGGAGCUGCAGCUUUCAUUCAAAAGCUCCACCAGCAUCUUCCAGUCUCUUCAUCAAGAAUUAUGGUGAAGACUCUUGACCAGCUGGAGAAGACCCAUGACAAGCAUUUGGUUCUGCAGACCCGCCGAGAGUGCAUCCAGAUCCAAAUGGAGCUAGAAGAGUGUGAGAGAUGCCACCAAGAGAUCUUUAACCCCAACAUAGGUUCCUGCAAUCAUACAGGUAUCAUCAAGGUCAGCAAGCCUAUUGUGAGUCAACUUAAUGCUCAUCUGAGCACCUCUUCUAUAUAUGGAGGCUGGGGCAAAGAUUCAAAGCCGAUUCGUGAUAGGGAGUCUAUGUACUGGUUCUCUGGGGACUCCUCUGUGUACAUUGAUGACAUUAGGUUCUACACUAAUUACAAAAAUCUGGUUUUAAGAAACCCUUUCCUGCAUCACACCAUAUCAAGUGGGUGGCAUGGUCUUGGCAGCAAUUAUAUAGUUCGUGACAACACACUGUAUUAUCAGAACUACAGUCCAUUUGGGUUGGCUAAUAUAAUAUAUAAUUUUACCAGCAUGAAAUAUGAAUCCAGGGUGAUUCCUGCGGCAAGCUCGACCUUUUCCUACGCCAACUACGCUUAUCAGGUCUUUGAUUUUGCUUCCGAUGAGAACGGCCUUUGGGUGACGUAUGCCACAGAUCAGUCAGACGGCAAGAUGGUCCUUGCUAAAAUAAACGAAGAGUCUUUUGGGAUUGAGGAGAUAUGGCAGACCAGUGUCUACAAACCAGGCAUUAACAACAUUUUCAUGGUGUGUGGUGUUCUUUAUGCUGUCAGGACAGUUGACAUUCAAAAUGAGGAGAUAUUUUUCAUGUUUGACACUAAAACCAAAGAAGAGAAGCAUAUUAGUAUAACUUUUGAGCGCUUCCAGGAUAAGUAUUCCAACCUGGACUACAAUCCAACUGAUCAGAAGCUGUACAUGUACAGUAACGGCUACUACGUUAACUACCAUCUGUGGUUUAACCACGCAGCUAAGGCCACAGUGGAACCCCCUUUUGCUCUAACCAAAAUCGCACAUGUAAGUGAGCUAUUGGAAUAAUCACACUGUUUCCUCCUUUUUCGUCUCAUUUAAUAAAGUAUCCCCUUUAUGUUUGAAUGCUAA